AUGAAAAACGUCAAGGAAAAUAUCAUAAAUUUUAAGGACCUAGCCAAGCAACUGGAGGCAUGUGUACGGUACAACUCAACGGAUAUCGAAGUGAUGCAGGACAUUUACGCGGAAUGUAAAAAAGACCUAAUCACUCUGGAGAAGCUAACGUUGGAGGCAUUGGAAAAAGGAAACGCGCACCUGUUCGAGCAGUUAGUAGAGGCGUCCACCCACGUGAACCGAUCCAUCAAACUGUUCGAAAGCUUCGAGAAAGACCACAAGGAGCGCAGGCGAAGUUUCCAAGACGGAGGAUGGUCCUCGCAAAAUGGGGCAAUCCAAGUGGCACACGAUGAUAGAGACCUUUCCAAAAGGAAAAAAUCGCACGAAGGGUAUAAGAAACGUGACAAUAAAAGGAGAGAGAAGAAAUACAAAAGCGGGGAUGACGAGGAGGAAGACAGUGAAAGAAGGAAUCGAAGUAGAAGCCAAAGCAUGAGCAGAAGCCAAAGUGGAAGCUUAAGCAGAAACUCCGGAAAAAGAAAAGAACAUGAAAAGAGGGGAAAAAAAAAAAAGAAAAAGGGGAAGGAAAGAAGAACGUACUUCCAAAGUGAUGAAGAAAAUAAUAGCAAAGAAAAAGAUACGAAUGAAAAUAGAAAAAUGAUAAAGUCAGAUUCCCUAGAAUCUUUUAAUAAAGCAUUUGGCACUUUCCAUGAUACGAUGAACCUUUUGAGCAGUGAAAUGGAAGAUGACCUGGACGAUUUUCAAAUUAAACAGAAAAAGAAAGAAAAAAAGAAAAAAAAAAAACAUGAUGGAAAAUUAAAGGGACAACAUGGUAGCGCUAACGAAAACGACAGUGAAGAUCUAUUUUUAAGUAACAAUCACAUUGAUUCGCUAGAUGAUUUAAGUCCCAGAAGUAGUAACAGUACAAAGGAUAAAACAAACAAAAGGGGGAAAGCAAUGAGUACACAUGGCAAGCACCACCCCGUGGUCAUAGUAAUUCACAUUUCAGAUAUUAUAAACGUUUCACAAAAUCUUAAAACGGUUUAUAUUUAUUUAACCCUAAAAUCGAUAGAUAAGAAAAUUAGUAUAAGAAAGAAAACCAAAAGUAAAGACGUGAAUAAUUUUUCUAUAAACGUAUCUGAACUUUUUGAAUUUUCUGUUUCUCAUAAGAAAGAAUUAUUCUUGUAUAUAGAUGUAGUGGACAAAGAAAAAAAGAGUUAUUGUUACAGGUGUUUAAUAAAUUUGGAUAAUAAAAUUUUGAAGAAAACUCGAUUGCUUGUACCCACAGCAUUCUUAUUAACACAAGUUAGUGAUAAUUCUGAUGACAAACGUGGUAACCAAAAUUUGAUUCCUACGAACCCGAUAAAAUUUUCUGUCAAUCAUCAGAAUUCCAAGGGCGAAAACAUCGAUAUGGAUAUGAAGAAUUUCUCAUUUAUAUCUCCUACCGUUAAUUCCUCUCCAUGGGGAAGUGCUUUGGAUCGUCGUGGACAGGGUCAUCAACCUGUUGACAAGUUCCCGAAGGAUGACCUUUUCGCUAUUAACCCCACUGGCAUAAAUCGUCCGAACAACCGAUUGAAUGACUUUCCCGUAGGGAGAGGCAACCCAAACAACUUGUACGCUAUGAACAAGAACCUGCGGAACCCUAAUUUAACUAACUUCAAUUUUGCGCGUACAAAUCAAAAUGGUCCUAAUUCGAACAACUUCAAUUUCGUCAGCAGAAAUGUCGCAAAUAGGAAUAUAUACAAUUGGGAAAAUGGCAACCAGGGUUUUGGCACAACAAAUUUUGGCACCCACAGCUUUGGUAGCCCAUCAUUUGGAGGGCCAUCAUUUGGAGGGCCUUCAUUUGGUGGACCAUCAUUUGGUGGACCAUCAUUCGGAGGCCAAUCGUUUAGAGAUCCAUCGUUUAGAGAUCCGUCAUUUGGAGAUCCAUCAUUUGCCGAGACCAAUAGAAACCUCAGUAAUAAUUCCACCUUCAACAACUACAACAAUAGCCCCCCCAAAGUUGGUCAAACCAACUUGGACCCCUUUGCCCUCAACAGCACGAACAUGGCCGAGAGCAAAAAAGACUUAAGCGAAUCCCCCCAGAUGGCCUCCCCAAGCAUACGACUAACCAAAGCAAUCGAAAAAGCAAGAAGUGAGGAGGAAGAAAAAAAAAAAAAAAACGAGCUAGCUAAAAAUGAAAAGAACUUCUCAAGUGAUUGCUCCUACGUUAUAAUGAGCAUUUUUUUAAAAAACAAGGAUAUCGAUCACGAAACGGAAUUAAUGAAACAGAACAAUUUGAACCUGUACAAGCAACUAUAUAACGUGUGCAACAAAGAAAAAGUGUACUAUGAAAAUAAAAACAAAGAAAAUGAAAGGAAAAUAGAAGAACUGGACAAAGCAGUAAUGCUACUCGAGUUGGACAACGAAAAUUAUGUAGAAGCCAACAACAAGUUGAAGGAAAUUAUCGAGUCGAACAAAGAAAUAAUAAAGGUAAUCGAAAAUAUUGUACAGAAGAAAAAUAACAAAAUAGAAAAAUUGGAAAAAGAAAAUGAAAGAGUUGUAGAGGCAGAAAAACUUAUCGAAGAAAAUAAAAAGGAAAACCUUUUUUUAUCAGAACAAAUUACCAAACUCAGUACCAAUUUUGAGGAAAAUAAAAUGAAGUUAAAAAAUUCUGAUCAAGUUAAUGAAAACCUGAACAGCAAGGUAAAUAAUUUGUUAUUCCAACUGCAAAAUGCUCAGAUGAAAAAUGAAAAACUUCUGUUGUACUUAUCCUACUUGGUAAAACAUAUCCACAAAAGUAGUUGCGAUGAUGAAGCGAAUAUGUUAAGUCUAAUGAAGUUAAAAAAUAUUAAUUGGAGUUUAGAAGGAUCACAAAUUGGUAAGGAUUACCCAGAUAUGCUACACGACAUUACAAACAAAUGCAAUUAUGUGAAAACCCCUUCCAAGUACCCAGAUAUUUUUCUCAAUGAUUUCAUCAAAAGUAAUAAAAGUAUUAAUGUGAACCCAAAGCAUUUGUAUAAAAUUCUAGGCAUAAGUAAUGAUCCCAAAAAGCAAAUUCUGAACUAUAGCAGUGACAACAGCAAAGGGGUAAAAAAUUCUUGUACACGUAAUCUUCAAAAAGGGAAACCUAUGGUCAGUGGUGAUACUUACAAAAGUGCUACCCCCUCGGACGAAUUGGAUGCAUCGCACGAUGAUGAGAAGGAUAUCCACAUUGAUGACUUUCUCGUGAAGGGAUACAAAAAAUAUAUAACCGCCACUUCAUCAACGGAUAUAAAUUUAGAGCAUCAUAUGGCAAAGGGAAGGGAAAUGAAUCACCCACUUGGAAAGAAAAAGAUGAAGGAAAAACGAAAUGGAAAAAGUACACUAAAAGGGGUACCCCAAAAUGAACGAAAAGAGAAGAGUUCCCCUAAUAAUGUCACAUACAUGUUUGACCAAAUGAACUGGAGCAGCGAUGAGGAGGCGAAAAAAAAACAGAGACAUUCAUUCGAUAUUAAUAUGAAGCGAAUGGAUCAAGUGGAUGAGGAUGAAGAAGCUAUCUCCCGGGGAGGGAAAAAGAAGAGGCACCUACUGAAUGAUAAAGAAAAAUUUCAAACGAGGCGAAUCCUAAGUGAGAUGAACAGUAGCUUCCAAAUGAGGCACCAUACAAACGAUAUUUUCCAUGAUGAUUUUUUCAAUCACUCCAGAGACCCCUCAGAUAAGGACACGAAUAGUACAUUUUCCUUCAACGUAAAGAAUAACGCAAAUUGGGGUGACCUGAAAAAACAGAAGAAGGGCAAAAAGAGCAAAAACGCUGAAGGGGGAAAUAACACAAAUGAGACUUACCAAAUGGGACAACCAGAAUUAAAAGAAAAGGUAAAGGAGCAGAGGAAGAAGCAGAGUUAUGCGUUGAAAGAAGGAAGGGAUAGAGCUACAAACGGAAAAGACAAAAAGGGCCUGCGCAGAGACAUCAUGGACCAUGAUGAUGCCUAUCAUUACUAUGAUGAUUACGAUAGCGACUUCUUUCCCUUGAGAAGCAGAAUGGAGAACAAAGGUAUUAAAAAACACUCAGUAAGUAAUUACAAAAAAAAAAAGAGAAACAAAUUGGUGUACAACGAAAAUUACACCUUCAGCAACUGUGAAAUGUCCAGCGAUGAGGGAUCCCAAGGGGUGGAAGAAGGUCCAUCGAAAGUAAGAAGCAAAAAAGAGAAGAACAUAGUGAGUGAUACUUAUUUAAACGAAAGGGGUAGAAAUAGACGCAAGCAGAAGAAGAAGCACGAGGAGGGUUCACCCAUGUGGAAGGAUCCCUUAGGGGAAAACGAACUUGACGAAGAAAAGGGUCCCCAUAAGGAUAACAGACACAGUAAUCGAAGCGGCAGAAGUGUUAAAUGGGGGAAAGACAAAGAUUUGAAGCAUAAGGGAUUCAUUCACUUGAAAAAAAAAACAACCAACGACUACAUGAGUGACUACAAAAAUUUCGAAAAAAAAUUUAACUACUUUGUGAAGGUAUCCAAAAAUUUGCAAGGAAGCCUUCUCUCCAAUAGCAGCGACAAAAUAAGUUAUCCGGUCAAGAUGAACAAAAAAAGCUACUUCACCAAUUUGGAAAGAAUUAUCAACAAAUGCAAUAAUAAGGAGCAGACAUUUUCCUAUCUCGAUAGUUACCUUAGAACGCAAAUAAAGUCCAUGUUUUUAUCAGACGAAGACAUAAAGAAGCAUAAAAAUAGGUUGCGCAAUUUUUACAGGAAGAAUACCAAGGGUCUCAUUUUUGAAAACACCCUUGUUAAGAUAUAUGCGAAACUUUACUAUGUGAAUGAAGCUUCAGGGAAAAGCAGUGGGUAUAAAAAGAAAGGGUUGUUAGACUCUGACAAGCACGAUGGCACUGGUGACACGAGCAGAGUUCGUCCAUGUGGAAGUACCAAUGAUGCAUGCAAAAAUGACGGCAAUAUAGUUACCAUGAAAGAUGGUGAAACCAAUCGGAAUGACUGUAAAAAGGGCACGGAGAGCAAAGCAGAAAAAAUACCAAAAAAAGAAAACAUUUACAUGAAUAUCUACGUGAAGUCAAUUCUUUAUAACAUCAUUUAUAUCAAAAGUGAUCUGAGUGAAAACAAAAUGGACCACAUCAAAAUUAUCAAAAGAAAUUUGAAAAAAAAUUAUAAUAAAGUGACAGAAGAAAAUGACUACAUAAAUUUAAAGAAAAAUGAAAUAUGUUUACUGUACACCUUAUGCUUUAAAAAAAAUCAUCUUCAAAAAUUGCCCCUAUUCUUAAAUGUAGAAUGCUUAAAUAAUGACAACAGUACCAUCAAGCUGAAAAUCGCUUUACCCCUACCUCAUAUAUUUCUCCUAAAACCAAAUAGCUUUUAUCUGAACGAUUUUGUAAAAAAUUUCUCAGGAAAGCAAAAAUAUUAUUACAAAUCUUACUACUACAAUAUGGUAGAUUUUUCAACGUUUAAGGAUUUUAUCAAUUCGAUAAAACUGUACAACUCCUUUAACGUUUUCCAUUUUGACAGUUACAAUAUUCUGUACAGUACAUAUCCUGUUAAUGAUAAAUGUAAGAUGCUUUUGCUAAUUGUGUGCGAUUUCGUGAAGAAAAAGAAUGGCUGCUCCAAUGAUACGGUGAAGUUACAUUUUGUGUCUCUGUCCAACAGUUUGAUUAGCUUCUCCGUAAAUUUGUUUAAACAAAUUUUGUAG